AUGAGAGGUGGGGUAGGAAAAGUAGCAGCAGCGUGGUGGUGUGUAUCUCUGCUGCUGCUGCUGCUGCUGCAGCUGCUGCUGCUGCUGCAGAUAAAUAUAAAGAGACAGAAGAAGAGACAGGCGAGAGAAAGGGAGAAGAGACAGAAGGAGACAAGCCGGAGACAGCAACAAGAAGACAGGCAGCAGCAAGACAAGCAGCAGCAGCAGCAGCAGCAGCAGCAGCAGCAGCAACAGCAGCAACAGCAGCAACAGCAGCAGAUAAAAGCCGGAGACAGCAACAAGAAGACAGGCAGCAGCAAGACAAGCAGCAGCAGCAGCAGCAGCAGCAGCAGCAACAGCAGCAACAGCAGCAACAGCAGCAGAUAA